ACUCAGAAUAGUGGUCAUCAGCUCUCGCAAAAAGAUACCUACGCAAGAUGGCCAAUUUCUACGUUCCAAUCGAGGCCGUGAGUGAGAAGCCUCCAUCGAGCGUGUCAUCGAACGUGCCACGCAUUUUGAGAAGGCGAUUGGCAUUGACUCAUACGUCCUACAAAUGGCUGGACAUCGGAAUCAACGCUGGACCUUUGUCCACGAUCGAUCUGACGAUCGGUGACAAUCGCGGCAACGGCAUCGUUCUGUCUUACGAAACUUGGAGAGCGCUGAUGGAUAGACGCGCGGACACCGUAGUCUUGAAUGCGGCUGAGUGUUUCGUUGAGUUGUUCAUCGUGGUUUCUGGAAUCGGUUCCGCUGACGAUGACGUCGUCGAGGUAGGCGAAGGUUCCAUCAAGACCGCCAAGCAUAGUGUCCAUCAAUUGUUGAAAGCUACCAGGUGCCGUCUUCACUCCUGGUUGCAGGCGAUUGACUGUGAAGAGGCCGCA